AUUGUUUUUUUGAAGCGAAUUAUUUUAUCACACUCUCAUCUCACUUCGGUUGAGUGGUGAAAAUUUAAUUUAUAAUUUCAGUUCGAAGUAUAAACCAAACUCGGUCCAUUUUACAUCCCUUGUUCGAUUCAUGUUAAACAUAAAUGGCUUCAGCUGCAAAUGAAAUGAUAGUCAACGCCGUCAAUCCUGAAGACGAUAAGGACGACGGUGAAGAAAAUGAUGAUAAUGAUCCAUCAGAAACAUGUGGAACCACUAAAAAGAAAAAGAAAAGAAGAAAUCGAAAUAAAAAAGCUGCAGCGACUGAACCAGAGACCGACAAUCAGCAAGCAGAGCAUAAUUCCGAAGAAGCGUUAGAAGUUCAUAUGAAUGGCGUCUCUUUGGAAGACUCUGCCGAAAAUAGUGAAAAGACUGGCAAGAAGAAGAAGAAGAAGCCCAAGAAAAAGACCGAUUCCAACGAUCAAACACCCAAAGGAAAGCAACAAACCAACCCUCCUUCUAUACCGAUAUCAGAACUCUUUCCAAAUGGAGUAUAUCCUGUUGGCCAAGAAACCGAUCAUCCUGCCUUACCCGAUGGUAGAAUAGCACAAAAUCGUGUUACUCUAGAAGAGAAGAAAGCAAUUGAAACUGCGCAUUUUGAUUGGUAUAAUGACGCGAGGCAAGCCGCAGAAGCUCAUAGACAAGUUCGAAAACACAUUCAAAGCUGGGUUAAACCCGGUAUGACAAUGAUAGAAAUAUGUGAAGAAUUGGAAAGAUGUUCGAGAGCUUUAAUUAAUGAAAAUGGUCUGAAAGCCGGAUUAGCUUUUCCCACUGGUUGUUCUAGAAAUAAUUGCGCUGCUCAUUAUACUCCGAAUAAUGGAGAUACUACCGUUUUACAGUAUGAUGAUGUUACUAAAAUUGAUUUUGGUACUCACAUUAAUGGUCGUAUUAUUGAUUGUGCGUUUACGUUAACAUUCAAUCCGAAGUAUGAUAAAUUAGUAGAAGCUGUCAGAGAUGCAACCAAUACCGGUAUUAAAGCUGCAGGAAUCGACGUUCUUUUAUGCGAAGUCGGCGAAGCUGUUCAAGAAGUGAUGGAAUCUUACGAAGUUGAACUCGACGGUAAAACAUACCCAGUCAAAUCAAUCAGAAACUUGAACGGUCACUCCGUGGACGCAUACAGAAUCCAUGCCGGUAAAACAGUACCCAUAGUCAAGGGAGGCGAAGCAAUUCGAAUGGAAGAGAACGAAUUCUACGCCAUCGAAACAUUCGGUUCUACAGGUCGUGGUUAUGUUCACGACGACAUGGAUACAUCUCAUUACAUGAAGCAGUACGACACUCCCUUCGUCCCUUUAAGACUACCUAAUUCGAAGAAAUUACUUUCUACUAUCAAUAAUCAUUUUGGAACGUUGGCGUUUUGUAAACGAUGGCUUGAUCGUUUAGAAGUUACCAAGUAUCAAAUGGCUUUAAAAGAUUUAUGUGAGAAACGGAUAAUUGAAGCGUACCCUCCUUUAUGCGAUAUCAAAGGUUCAUAUACCGCUCAAUUUGAGCACACUAUUGUAUUACGUCCUACCUGUAAAGAAGUUAUUAGUCGUGGUGACGAUUAUUAAUUUACUGUUUAGAUCACUUUUUCAUUAAAAUUUUUCAAGGUGGCGUUUCUA